AGGAGAGCUGGAGCCGCGCGAGUUAAAGUUGGAGUGAGGAGAAGGGGGGGAACGGGGCUGUAUCCCAUGGAAAGGAGGAAUACUAACAACAUCGUAUUUCUUUAACCAGCAGCUUAAAAGGCACGAAGAAACACAGUUCCUCCCAAAAAAAGGAUGAAUCUUAAAACCCUGAGCGCGAGCCUCUUAUUUUGCCUCGCUUUCCAACGUUGCUCGUCACGACCUUGUCUCGAUCCCCUGGCCUCUUCGCUGUAUGCAUCUUCCUUCUUGGCCUCCUCCAGAUAUAACUUUUUGUAUUCUGCCAAUUUUGCCAGAUUGUACGGGAGCAGUGGAUGGUCUCCAGCUCCCGGGGACAAGCAGCCCUGGCUCCAGAUCAACCUCAACAGAAAGUACCGCAUUGUUGCCAUAUCUACCCAGGGCAUCUUUAACUCCUAUGACUGGGUCACCAAGUACACUUUGCUCUAUGGAGACCGGCCAGACUCCUGGACCCCUUAUGUUCAAAGAGGGGGCAACUCGACACUGUCUGGAAAUUGGAACUACUAUCAGGUGAAGAGGCACAAUUUCCACUAUGCCUUCACAGCCAAGCACCUGCGCUUCUUGCCCCUGGGGUGGAACACGCAAUGGGGUGGCAAAAUUGGUGUCCGGCUUGAGAUCUACGGCUGCCCAUACGACUCUUACGUCAUGUCGUACGGUGGAAACGACAUGCUGGCUUACAAGUUUCCACGGGCAAGGCACCAUACGCCGAAGGACCACAUUGCCCUGAACUUCAAGACGCUUGAGCGAGAUGGGCUGCUACUGCACAGCGAGGGUCUGCAGGGGGACGUCUUGACACUGGAACUGAAGAAUUCCCGCCUCUAUCUCCACAUUAGCCUGGGGAGCAGCACUGUGCACAAAGUAGAAGGUCUCACCACGCUCACUGUGGGCAACCUCCUGGAUGACCAGCACUGGCACUACGUCACCAUCAAGCGCUAUGGUCGCCAGGUCAACCUUACGGUGGACAGCCACACUGAAAGUGCCAUCUGCAACGGUGACUUCACCCACCUGGAUCUCGACACUCAGGUUUAUGUCGGUGGAGUCAUUGAGCCCUACAUGUCACACCUCCCUGGGAAGGUAAACUUCCGUGGCUGCCUAGAGAAUGUCUUCUUCAAUGGCGUUAAUAUUAUCGGCAUGGCUCAGCAGAAGGAGCCUCAGAUUCGCUUCCCUCAAGGGCAGAAAACAAUACGAUACUCUUGCCAUGACAUCAUGCUGAAGCCACUCACCUUUGCUGGGCCAAACAACUUCUUACAGUUGCCUGGAGUCAUUAGAAAACCCAGGAUGUCUGUAAAAUUCAAAUUCCGCUCCUGGGAUUAUACUGGUCUGCUGAUGUUCACCAGGUUUGCUGACGACCUAGGAGCCCUGGAGCUGGGCCUAAGCGAGGGGCAGGUCAAUGUCUCCCUCAUACAGCCUAACAAGAAAAAGAUACAGUUUGGUGCAGGUUAUAGAUUGAAUGAUGGUUUCUGGCACACUGUGGAAAUUGUAGCCAGAGAUAACUUUAUAACGGUAACUAUUGACGACGAUGAGGGCUCUCCACUGAAGAUUACCAACGUUUUUGUAGUGCGCACUGGUGACCAUUAUUACUUUGGAGGGUGUCCCAAGACCAACAACACUGGCCGAUGCGAAACCAAGCUGAAUAAUUUCCAUGGCUGCAUGCAGCAGAUCUUCAUUGACAAUGAGCCUGUUGACAUCGACCUAAUUCUGCAGUGGCGCUGGGGGCGCUACUCCGAGCUGCUGUUGGGAACCUGUGGUAUAACUGACAGAUGCACCCCUAACCCAUGUGAGCAUGAAGGCCGAUGCAUCCAGUCUUGGGACGACUUUUUGUGCAUGUGUGAAAACACGGGCUACAAGGGAGAGGUGUGCCACAGAUCGGUGUACAAGGAGUCGUGUGAGGCUUACAAACUCAAUGGCAAGUUCUAUUCGGGCAACUACACCAUCGACCCUGACUUGAGUGGCCCCUUGAAACCGUUUUCGGUUUAUUGUAGCAUGGGAGCGUACAAAGGCUGGACAGUGGUAAACCAUAAUCGUCUGGACAGAACUAAAGUGACCGGCACCAUGGUGGACCAGCCAUAUCUUGGAGACUUGGAAUACUUCAAUGCCUCCUGGGCUGAGGUUACAGCCCUGGCCAAUACCUCCAGAUACUGUGAGCAGUGGAUUGAAUUCUCCUGCUACAAGUCGCGUUUGCUGAACACGCCCCAUGGACAGCCGUUUAGCUACUGGAUGGGGCGCCAUAAUGAGAGCCACUUGUACUGGGGUGGGUCCUUCCCAGAGAGUCAGAAGUGUGGCUGUGCGAUUAAUGGGACCUGUAAAGACACCAGGUUUUCUUGUAAUUGUGAUGCAGACUAUAGACAAUGGCACUCAGACAGGGGAUGGCUGAACUUCAGAGAUCACCUACCUGUCCGAAGGGUUGUGGUUGGGGACACAAACCGGACAGAGUCGGAGGCCCAGUUCUAUGUUGGGCCUUUGCGUUGCCAUGGUGACCGAAACACCUGGAAUACUGUGUCUUUCACAAAACCUACCUACUUGAAGUUUCCCACGUUCAGGCCAGGCACAAGUGCUGACAUCUCCUUCUAUUUCAAAACCACUUCUGACCAUGGAGUCUUCCUAGAGAACUCGGACGACCGCCAUCGCAACUUCAUCCGGGUGGAACUGAACUCCACUACCGACUUGCUCUUCGUCUUUAGUGUAGGCGAUGGCAUCAUCAACGUCACCCUGCGCUCACCUUGGGCUCUCAAUGACGAUGAGUGGCACUACGUGGAGGCGGAGAUCAAUGUGAAAGAAGCCCGACUCAAGGUGGACUACUUGCCCUGGGCUAUACGGCGCUUUCCUGGCCAGACCUAUGUCACUAUGAAGUUCACCCAGCCCCUCCUUGUGGGCGCAGCCAAGCAAAAACAGCGGGCCUAUCUGGGUUGUCUCCGCGGCCUACGGAUGAACGGAGUGCCGAUAGACCUUGAAGGGAAGGUCAACGACAAGGAAGGGAUUCGACUGAACUGCACUGGCCGGUGUCUGAAUACCACAAUGCCCUGUCGAAAUGGUGGACGCUGUAUGGAGGGUUAUGCCUCGUAUUACUGCGAUUGCAAUAACACAGCUUUUGAUGGAUUCUAUUGUCACAAAGAUAUCGGCGCAUACUUUGAAGCAGGAGCAUGGCUGCGGUACAACAUCAGAAGCGAGGCGAUCUCAGAUGAGGCCCAGUGGGCGCAUUGGUUGGACCCCCACAAUUUCAGCCUGGGGUACAACCAGACCAGUGAUGAGAUUGAGUUCAGCUUCAGCACCACCCAGAAACCAGCUGUGCUGCUAUACAUCAGCUCCUUUGUCCGGGAUUACAUUGCUGUGUUCCUGAAAACUGAUGGUAGUGUAAUGCUGAGGUAUCGCCUGGGCCUACUCACUCAUAAAUUCCAAGUGUCCUCAAGAAACCUGGCAGAUGGAUACCCACACUUUGUCAACAUCACCAGACAUAACAGAACCAUACGAAUUCAGGUGGAUUAUACAGAGCCAAUAAAAGAGCAUAUUACAGCAAUAGAAGAUAUCAGAUUUGACUCCCCGAAGUCCAUGUUUAUGGGAAGAGUGAUGGAGGUGGGGGACAUUGACUAUGACAUCCAGAAACACAACUCCCCAGGGUUUGUAGGCUGUAUAUCAGGAGUCCGGUACAACAUCUAUGCCCCGCUGAAGACGUACUUCCGGCCCAAUAUGACCCAUCCACCGGUCACUGUGCAAGGGUUUGUAGCGGAGUCCAAUUGUGGGGCCUUUCCCCCAGUCCUGGGUAUGGUGCCCCUGUCGGACGACCCCUGGUACACUGGACCAAUCUUCUACUACAUCCAUGAUGAUUUGUCUAGUCCACCAGUGAUAACACUCUUGGUCUUUCUUGCCCUGCUUCUGCUAUUUGGAGGCCUCUACGCAAUAUACACGUACCUGUAUCGUUAUAAGGGCAGCUACAGCACCAAUGAGCCCAAAAUUGUGGAGUCUCCAAGCAGCGCCAAGCCCCUAACAGAGACCCUACCUCGCCGCAAGUCAAAGGAGAAGAGCUUGCCCAAGAUCCAGGAGGAGCUGGCAAGUGAAUAACAGUGGGACACUGAGAUUUGGAGUUAGCCAUUCAGCAACCACAACACCUGUGUGCGCUCCUUUUUCUUAACCUCUUUAAAGGUUGGAUGUUCUUUCUUUUUCUUUCCUUUACUCACCUCUGACACAGUAUUAGAGGGUACAGAAUGAGCUUUACCUUGGGUUCAGUUCCCUUCCGCAAAUAAAGGAAAAAUAAUUCGGAACUCAUGAAAAAAAUCAAAUUUCAUUUUAGCAUUAGUCUGGAAUGAAAAAGUUUUCGUUGUUCCUUU